AGAGAACCCAUAGCGCGGAGUUGGCGGCGUUUAAACUUUUUGAGGGACUGAUAUAUCCAUGACAUGAUAAUGGACUGAAUGAUGACCAACCUUUUUCUUCAUGUUCCAAUUCUCUGCAAGGUUUGCAUGUAGCGCACAAGCACACUGCAUACACACACUACAUACAUACAUAUACUUGAUACCCACCCCCCAAUCCACUUACCCUCCUAUCAUUUAUCAAACUCUUAUCUAUCAUCACUUCGGAACGUACGGGCACGUGUCAUUUCGUACUCAAUGGUCCCGAUCUAUACAAUCAAUAACCAUGAGAUCUAAAUCGAAGCUCGGAAAAAGAAAAUACAAUAAAAGAAUGAAACAAUUUUUUUAUCGCCCGGGUUUUAGUGUAACUCUUCCAGCCUCCGCUUGGUCUCUUACUUUCGGCUCGUAUGGCGUCGUCCGACGCCGUCGUUUUUUGCAUAUUAUGUUUUUCUGUUGUAUGUAUGUCAUUUGAGGGUCGAGGAAUGGUAGUCAUGUAUCGUUGAGGAAUACUGUGGGUUAGGAGGGUGCAGUUUCCAUUCCCUCUGCUGGAAGGACUGCCCGGUGAGGUUGUCCUAGGGUGGGUUUAUCUGGUGAGGGAGGCAGUGGUAGGCAGGUU